AGUGUUAUCUUAUACAUACACCUACAUGACAGAUCCCGUUUACACUAAUUCCCAAAUUGGUCACUUGCAGCUAACCCAUUGGAUCAGUUAUUUGGAGAGGGUAGGAGGCUAGCUAGCUAUAGCUACAGGGUUUUCACUAUGUGGCCAGAGGCUAAUUAUGCUAUUUUACUUGAUAAUGAUUGCUUUGAUGAUGGGAGCAUAAUUAUAAACAUAUAGAAAAAAGGUAUGGUUAAUGCUAACAGUACCAUUAAAGGAAGAAAAUAAUGUGACGGAGAAGAAAAAGAAGAGCCAAAGCACUUUCAAAGGACCCAUUUCGCGUCUCCUCAGCAGCCCCAUGAUGUGAUCAUCUUCAUCUUUUCCACUGUGUUUUCUCUCUCUGUUCUCUUACCCCCUCCCCCGUUUCCCCCUUUUUCCCAAGAAACAAACUAGUAAUUAGCUAUAGAAGCUAGCUACUACUCCAUCAAUCAACUACUCACUCGAUUGGAUCGAUCAUUUUCGGCUAGCUCCGGCCGAUCGAUGUCGAGCAACAAGGGGAAGGACCUUGCAGAAGGGUCAUCGCGGCCGGGCGGUGAUCCUCCGCAGCCUGCUCCACUGAGCCGCUACGAGUCGCAGAAGCGCCGCGACUGGAACACCUUCGGGCAGUACUUGAAGAACCAAAGGCCGCCAGUUGCACUGUCCCAGUGCAACUCCAACCAUGUGCUCGAGUUCCUCCGCUACCUCGACCAGUUCGGGAAGACUAAGGUGCACCACCAAGGGUGCGUCUUCUUCGGGCAGCCGGAGCCGCCAGGGCCCUGCACUUGCCCUCUCAAGCAAGCUUGGGGCAGCCUCGACGCUCUCAUCGGCCGCCUUAGGGCUGCCUACGAGGAGAAUGGGGGGUUGCCAGAGACUAACCCUUUCGCGAGCGGAGCGAUAAGGGUUUACUUGAGGGAAGUGAGGGAUUGUCAAGCCAAGGCAAGGGGCAUUCCUUAUAAGAAGAAGAAGAAGAAGAGGAAUCCAUUGAAGGCGGCCGAGGAGGGCUCGAAGUUGCCUAUGCAGUCGUCAUCUUGAUGGUCUCGCCUCGAUCGCUGGCCUGCAGCCUUUCCAAGAGAAUGCAAGCACCAGAAGGUCUCCAAGUUUCAUCACUAUAAGUUUUGGAUUUCUACCAAACUAUGGAAUUGGAUGUUGCUGUCAAUUCAAUUCCUCCUUGGACCGAACCAAUCGGCCUCGCUCUUUGAUCGGUUUUUUUACCUCCAAGACUCUGUUAAUUGCUCAAAUGAGUAUAAAAGCAUGAAGUUUAUGAAGAUGAAACCUAUUGUUGAAGUGGGUAUAUCUGCUUAUCUUUUUUUUCUUCUUCUUCUUCUUCUUCUUCUUCUUUAUAAAUAUUCUUCAGCUAAACAGUAUUUUAUGAAUUGAAAUCAAGCUUAUGAUAUGAUCACCAGGAGCUAUAUAUCA